AUGGUUUACGUCGGCAUUCCCCAGAAUUACACCCAGUCGCCGUCCUCGUUCGCCGGGACGCCUUCACUUACCAUCAAUUAUGAGGCCACUCAGGAUCUCGACUCUUCAAAUGCCUUUGAAGGCCCCGAGAAGCUGUUAGAGGUGUGGUUUGCCCCAUCUGCCAAUGAACUCGGUACUGCAGGCCCGGAGGGCCUGAAGAAAGUGCCGGCUGAGAUUUGGAAGGAUAUGCUGGAUCUUGUCAAUUGUCAAGUUCUUUCAGUGGUAUCUUCCGAUGAUGUGGAUGCAUACCUCCUCUCUGAGUCUAGCAUGUUUGUCUGGCCCCACAAGUUAAUUCUCAAAACGUGCGGAACCACGACUCUUCUGUCAGGCCUUCCUCGCAUCUUGGAAAUCGCCACUCUUUUUGCAGGCUUUCCGCGUGCGACUGCCCCGCCUUCUCGUGGUAUCACAGUCGCUGCCGCUCCCUAUCGAGUCUUCUAUAGCCGCAAGAACUACUUGUUCCCUGAUCGCCAACGUGGUCCCCACCGCAGCUGGCGUGAUGAAGUUCGCAAUAUGGACAAGCUGUUCCUUAAUGGAAGCGCCUACAUGAUUGGCAAAAUGAAUGGAGAGCAUUGGUACUUGUACCUAACUGAGCCUCAUACUAUGCUUACGCCGCCCGCCAGCCCUGCGGAAGAAAUCAGCUUCAAUGAAACCGAGACUAAGAUUAUCAGCUUUCCCAAGGAUGCGCCAGUUGCUAGCUGUGACGAGUACGAUGAGACUUUGGAGGUCCUAAUGACUGACUUGGACGAGGACAAUGCCAAGCAAUUCUAUCUGGACAACGCUGCCGCCGAUGCUGAGAAGAAGUACCACAACUCCGGCAAGGAUGAUGGCAUCGAGCAUGUGGAUGUCUUCAGCAAUGGCUCCAACCUUGAUGACCCCGAUGUUCCUAGUGACCAUGUCUUGCCACCUGAGUUGACCACCGAAGGUCAUGCUCUUGGCACCGUUGUCUCUGACGCUUGCGGCCUCUCCGAUGUGUACCCCAAGAGUAAGUUCCCAGAUGCGCGUAUUGAUGCGUACUUGUUCACACCCUGCGGUUUCUCAGCCAAUGGUGUCGUACCUGCUCCGGACGGCAAGGCUCCGACUCACUAUUUCACCGUGCAUGUGACACCGGAGCCUCACUGCUCGUACGCCUCUUUCGAGACCAAUGUACCGCACUCGCAGAAUGGCAAGACAACUGCCGACAUCAUUCGGCAAGUUGUUGACAUCUUCAAGCCUGGCCGUUUCAGCAUUACUUUGUUUGAAACUAAGCCUAGCAUUGACGAGAUCAACGGCGAUCCCAGUGGUUUCCACGAAGUGCAUGCGCAGCGUCAAGCUAUGCGCCGCGAUCCCAAGAACGAGCAUAUUGAAGGCUACCGUCGCGUGGACCGUAUUGUCCACGACCUGAAUGGAUACGACCUUGUGUUCCGCUACUACGAGCGCAACGACUGGAAAGGGGGGGCACCCCGGAUUGGUGAGAAGUUCUAA